CUUCCACCAGUUCAGACUAGUUUAUUGUGUUAAGACUAUAUUAAUACAAAAUUAUUCAAUUUUUUGAAAAUUGAUUGAUAGCUAUUUAUCAGAGUAGUUGUUGAGUUAAUCAAGCUAAUUUGAAAACUAAGACGAUGACUGACUUCACUGGUGUUUACAAACUGCAGUCGGCCGAUAACUGGGCUGCCCUACUCAAAGAGAUUGGUGUGGAUGAGGGACUCGUCGAGAAACUGAAUCCCACUUCGGGCCAGUUCGCCAUAACUUGUAAUGACGGCACCUAUACUUUAACUCAGAGUUCCGAUCAUUUUAAUCGCGAAAUGACAUUUGAAUUGGGAGUGGAGUUUGACGACAAACACUUGGACGGCUCACCCAUUAAGUCGCUAAUCAUAGCAGACGGCAAUAAACUGAUCCAGACCACUAAAGCUGAUGAUAAGGAGUUAAAGGUUGUCCGAGAAUUCAAUGGAAAUGUGGUGAAUAUA